AUGAGACAAGAAAGGCCAUACCGCGUUUGGGGCAAGGAGGUUGUUAGCGUCACUAAGGAAGUAUUCUGGAUCUUCCUUCACAACGUCAACGUUGUAUCCCUUCCUUCGGACCGCCCCUCGACGUGUGACCCUGCCCCUGGUCCGUACAGUUACAUGCUUCGACAUUUCCCUCAAGAGCGACCCCCGGUCCCAGCAGCACCAUAUGUGGGCGGAGUCGAAUGGGAUGCGACCAACUACCUGGCUUCUCAUCUCGAUCUCAUGAACGCCAUCUUGGCCUGCACACCGACACAAGAGGAGCGCAACACUCUCCGCGCACAGUUCCGAAUCUCGGGAUGGGAGCGAUGCCUUGGUGGUAGCCUACGACUCUGCAAAGAGAAGUUUUAUGGAAGUGUGCAUGACGGGCUUCGGACAUGGGUCGGAGCGGCGGCCGAGGAUGGUUGGGAUGUCAAGGAUGUGCGAUACGGGCCGCCCCCUGACGCUCGGGCUUCACCAAAGAAAACUGGAGGUGGUCAGAAGAAACCGGUCGAGGCGGCGCCAAAGCUUGAGAUGCCGAAGCUCGAUUUUGGCUUGGAUAAGGCAUCCACUCCGAGUAAGGAGAAGGAUAUGUGGCUGUGA